UCUGUGCCGGCCAUCAACACCGGCAGAUACGUAGGGAAAAUGAUUUUCAGAUCACAUCCUUAAGUAGUUUAGAUCUUAGAUGUGUUGUUUCUGAUACUUCAUAUCGCAGUGAAGCUUCUUUAAGAGUUGCAAAAUGCAUAUAAAGAAACUUACAGCAGAAACGUUUUGUGCUUCUCCAGAGCAACGAAAUUCUACAAGAAACACAGUUUGGUCAACUGAAGAAUUAAGUAAAUUUUCGUUUGAAGCUCGUCAUAUGACUUCAAUUCAAGGACUCAAAUUAUGCCAAUCUGCCAAGUUUUGUAAACAUCGAGCGAGUAGUUUCUGAAAGUAGCUUCAAAAUUUUAGCUCCUCAGUGUUAAUUCCAUUCGGUAUUUUAAAAUCGCAUGGACAAGGACAGAUAGCAGGAAUUUAACGGAAAGAUGAGUGGACACAUGGAGGAUCUGAGUCCAAACCAAAAACAAGCCCUAGCAGAGUUUCGCCAAAAUUUAUCAGAUGUCUUACUGCCAAAGCAUGAUGACAGACUUCUGCUGCAGUUCCUUCGGGCGAGGAGGUUUGACCUGAAGAAAUCAGAAGAUAUGUUUAGGAAGCAUCUAGAAUUUCGAAAAGAAUUCGACGAAGAUUAUCUGCUGAAUGAAUAUAAGCCAUCAGAGUUUUUAGUGAAAUAUCUUCUUCCACCUUUGCUAGGAUAUGAUAAAUUUGGUUGUCCUGUUCGAUUAAUAUAUGUUGGUCCAACAGAUAUCAAAGGAUUAAUGAGUUGUGUUCGGAGGCCAGAAAUCCGAAGAUGCGUGACGUGGUUUCUCGAUAAAGAUAAAGCAGAAAUGAAAAAGCGCAGCGCAGAGACAGGCAAAUAUGUGGAACAAAGAACUUUCAUUUUUGAUCUCAAUGGACUGAGUAUCAGACAGAUUUACCACAGAGAUGUGUAUGACCUUGUGAUAUCUUUCCUCAAAUUGUAUGAAGGCAAUUAUCCAGAAAAUUUAAGGGUAGCUUAUGUCAUUAAUACUCCGUCUUUCUUUGCAUGGAUGUUUAGUAUGAUUAAAUCUUUGUUAUCUGAGGAUACUGUCCAGAAGCUUAAAAUAUAUGGUUACAGUGGUUGGAAGGAAGCUCUUCUUGAGGAAAUUGAUCCUGAAAUUUUACCCGUUGUUUAUGGAGGUACAAGAACUGACCCUGAUGGUGAUCCAAGGUGUCGUAUAUUGAUUCCACAAGGUGGACCAAUUCCUAAGGAGUAUUACUUGAAAAAUCAGCAACGAUUAAAUCCAGAAGAUGAGAAUGUUCAUUCAGUGGUUGUUGGACGACGAUCCAAGCACAGCGUGCCAGUGAAAAUCGAUGUGCCAGGAUCGUCAGUUUGUUGGGAAAUUGACUGUAAAAACUGUGAUAUCAAUAUUUCUCUUUUGUAUUCAGAAGGCUCGACACCUGAAACAGUAGUUUCUUCCACCCGCGUAAGCAGCGAUCAUGGAGUUGAGAAAGGAGUGUAUAUCGGAGAAAGAACAGGAAACUAUACAUUGGUUUUGGAUAAUAGCUACAGCUUCCUGCGUAGUAAAUCUAUAUUGUAUAAAAUAUUCGUUUCAACUUGCACAGCAAAUGCUUCCGAACCACUCCCACUUUUGAGCAAUGACUGAAAGCAAGGUAAUGUUAAGAUGAGAAUCACUUUCAGAAACAUUCCAGUCACUACCAGCAACAUCGCUGUAUAUCAAGCUGCUGUAGCUUAGAAAAUAAAAGAGACUUAACACAUUCAAAAGACUUGAAAUAAAAAGACUUAACACUUUCACGCACACUAGGACCAUUAUGCAAUUCAAUAUAAGAAGAAGAAAAAACACGAGAAAGAAAUCCCGUUAAAAAUGCUUAUUACUUCUCAUUCGAUGUUUUUCAUUUUAAGAUGGAAAAGUGCUGGAUGCAACAACACUUUUAAAAGCAUGAAGAAGUAGUACAGUGAAUUCGUCAGUGCUAUGAAAAGAGCAUUAUUAUGUGCUAGUAUAAAUAGCACAACGGGAAUUUAAGAUGUUAUUUUUUUAAAUACUCAUUGUAAGGUUUCAAACCAUUAGAAAAGGGAUAUGAUGUGAAUUCCAGUCUGAAGUCAUUAUGUCUGGAAUGUAAAACAUAAGCUUCUUUUGUUUGAGAUGAUUUAUGUAAUGUAAAGCAAAUUUUCAGCACUGUCGAUAAAGAAUCAAACAGAAAGAAAUUAAACUGUGAAUCGGUUUUAAAAGAAUUUAAAGCUGAAAAAUUAUUAAAAAAAAUUAAAAUAUAUAUAAAAAAAAAACCCACCCACAUUCUUGCAGUUGCAUUUAUCGUGGUUUCAGAUGAGAAAUUAAAUGUAAAAUUUUUUAUUUAAUAGCCAUGGAAAUAUUUUUGUACAGCCUUCCUCAAAAUAUGAAAAAAUAUGUUUAAAAUAUAUUUUAAAUUUGACUGCAAUUUUUGAAUAAUAUAGAUGAAUUCAGAACUCUUUCAACAUUGAGUUAUUCUAAUAUGAUAUUUCCUACAUUGUAAAUAAGGAACUAAUUUAAUUUUCAAAAUGCUGCAUUGAUAGCAUUCAAAAAUUUUAUUUGUAAAAAUUAAAUUUUGUUUAAUCAAAGAAUUUGUUGUAGAAUACUAUUAGUGUUUGCAAAAAUUAUAUCGUAAAAAUUAAAUUUUGUUUAAUCAAAGAAUUUGUUGUAGAAUACUAUUAGUGUUUGCAAAAAUUAUAUCGUAAAAAUUAAAUUUUGUUUAAUCAAAGAAUUUGUUGUAGAAUACUAUUAGUGUUUGCAAAAAUUAUAUCGUAAACAUUUUCAGCAUGCCUUAUUUAACACUCCUUAACAUGUGUUCCAACUAUGCAUAAUAUUAUCAAAAUCAAAUCGCCAAAGUGGUAUCUAAAAUAAUAAAUCAAAAUGUUAUACGGGUUUUUAAUACAUUUUGUCGGUAUGGCGUUUAUUAUUAAAAAAAAAAAAAAAAGACUGAUGAAGAUUCGGCUUCUUUAAGGAAGUUUCAGUUUUAAAAAUGUUAUUUAGAAUUAAUUUCGAUUGUCUGUGUAUGAAAUGUAGAAUUAAGCAAAGGGAGAACAUAUAAAUGAAAUCAUAAAGGAGGAAUUCAUAUGCUUGAAACUAUUUCUAUGUUUGUAGCUUUGAAUGUCCAUGUUUUGUUGCUUUGAAGGAAUUUGAUACUUAAAAUGGGAAAACUCUUAAUAAUAUGGUCUAAUUAUUCAUGCUAUGCUAUUUUAAUCUUCUAAAAAGUGUUAAUAUUUGUCUUUGUAUAUUUGUUCUUGUUAACAUUUUAAAGAUGAAAACUUCAUAUUUGUUACUUAAAUAAAAGUAAUUUCAGGAA